AUGAGUCCUUACCUCAUGUCAUCGUUGCUCGGUAGAAGGGCUGAAGCUGUCGUGUUGACUUCAUUUGUUUUAAUUGUAUCUGAAGCAGCCUCCGCUACUCUGAUUUUUUUUCUAGAAGAUGCUCCAAUACUUAUCCCUAACAAAUUGGACGAUAGUUGGAAUAUCAUUCAUACCACUCGGCACAGGCUUUUCUAUGAAAGGUCGGAGUUCCAGAGUUUCGGGGCAAGCUCAAAGCAGCGAUCUCGUUGUUGGGGCUGUGCAGUAAUUGGAGUGCCACUGGAAUUCGCUGCGGGAGGGAGAGGAGUGAGUGAGAUUGUUGUUGGGUUUGCGUUGGCGAUGGCGCCCAUUCGGCAUGGGUUGUGGGUUGCGCUGUGUGUGCUCAGCGCAGUGGCGGUAUGUCAGGGCCGAGGGCUGCCGCUUCUCGAGGCGGAGAUCGCCAUGGUGACCGAUCUCGAGGCUUUGGCCUCGACCUCGGCCGGGCUGUUCACGGAGAUUCUUGGGCACUCUCGCGAUGUCUUGCAUUUUGCUGGGUUCGCUGCGAAGUACAAGAAGGAAUACAAGACUGUAGAAGAGCUCAAGCACAGGUUUGUGACGUUUUUGGAGAGUGUGAAGCUCGUGGAGACCCACAACAAGGGACAGCAUUCCUACUCGCUCGCUGUGAAUGAAUUUGCGGACAUGACCUUUGAGGAGUUCAGGGAUUCAAGGCUGAUGAAAGGUGAACAGAAUUGCUCGGCAACUGUGGGCAACCAUGUGCUGACUGGCGAAAGCUUGCCAAAGACGAAAGAUUGGCGUGAAGAAGGUAUUGUAAGUCAAGUGAAAAAUCAAGCUAGCUGCGGUUCCUGCUGGACAUUCAGCACAACUGGAGCUUUGGAAGCAGCUCAUGCACAAGCCACUGGAAAAAUGGUUCUCUUGUCUGAGCAGCAAUUAGUAGAUUGUGCUGGGGAGUUCAACAAUUUUGGAUGUGGAGGAGGACUUCCUUCGCAAGCAUUUGAGUACAUUCGGUACAAUGGCGGAAUAGACACAGAAGAUUCAUAUCCUUACAAUGCCAAAGACAGUCAAUGCAGGUUCCACAAAAACACAAUUGGCGCGCAAGUUUGGGAUGUCGUCAAUAUCACUGAAGGUGCAGAGACGCAGCUGAAGCAUGCUAUUGCUACAAUGCGGCCAGUGAGUGUGGCUUUUGAGGUGGUCCAUGAUUUUAGACUGUACAAUGGUGGUGUGUACACUAGUCUCAACUGUCACACUGGUCCACAGACGGUUAAUCAUGCCGUGUUGGCUGUGGGAUAUGGCGAGGAUGAAAACGGAGUACCUUACUGGAUCAUCAAGAACUCCUGGGGUGCUGACUGGGGGAUGAAUGGUUAUUUUAACAUGGAAAUGGGGAAGAAUAUGUGUGGUGUCGCAACAUGUGCAUCAUAUCCCGUCGUCCCUGAAGAUCUCAAGGAGGGAGUGUAAAUGACUUACUUUCGCAACUGUAUACACAGUUCGUACAUAGUUGCACACUACUCUCUUCAUUAUGAAGGUGCACGUCGUAUGACUGGUAUAGGAUUCUGCGAUCAAGUUAAUGAAUUGCGUGGCCUUUCUGAGUAUAUUGAAAUUGAAAUAGCCAACCUGUUGUAGAAAAGUGUUGUAAAUAUUGUAACUCAGUUAUUUUAGGUUGAGUAGCUUGAUGGAAAUUGCAUAUUGUGCCAGUAAUGAACAAGUCUAGGUGAUACUUGGAUCUUAGUGCACUUGGAAAGCAAGGUUUCAUUUCUCAUGCAUGUGUACGUUGCUGUCUCUAAGAUGGUUAAUGCAAUAGAGAAUUUUAAGCGUAUUUUUACUCAUGAUCCAA